AGCAACCAAUCGCGGGUGAGACGCCGGGCGCGCGCACGCUCCUUGGAAUUUAACGGUCGCGUGAGGCCAAUCUCCCGGUACCGACAUAGGCAGAGGCGAGGAGGCCAGACUCUUUGGAAGUACAGCCAGUUUCACAGGUCUGCAUGUCUGCCGCUGAGGAUGCUGGUAGAAGAUGAAGCGGCUGAAGAGGACUCUGAAGCAGUCUCCUCCCGAAGGAGAAGCAGCAGGAUUUCUAAAUGACAGAGCUUAACAAUUUUUGUACACUAUGGAGGAUUUUGAUUUGGUGGAAACUUUACAAAAAACGUCACCUUCUGUAGACUCUGAUAUCCAAAGUACUCCCCAUUCCCUUGGGUUGAGCUUACACGCUAAUAGAAGUAGUCCCCACCUUAGUACAAAUGGGGUAUCCUCUUUCUCAGGGAAGACCGGGCCACCUGUCAUUCAAGGGACAGUGGAAGUUCUCACUGCUUUAAGACAAGACCUACAGAACAGUGGCCGGACUAACUCAGAACUUUGGAAGAACUGUGAGGCCAGGUGGCUGCAGCUCUUCAGUGUGGUUGAGCAACAUUGCCAGGAACAGAUUGUCGCCCAGCAGGAGCAGUUCCAUAGGCAGAUCCAGCGGAUACAGGAGGAGAUCCGGAAGUUAGUGAAACUGCAGAUCAGCAAUGCUUCCUGGCCUUCCUGCAACAGCAGCUCUGUGAGUGAGCAGGUGUCUUCAGAAAGCCAAAUGGGCUUCUUUUCUGAAAACAGUGAGAGAAAUGAGUCUGUUGUCAGUUACCCAGCGUCUAAGGAACCUGAGACCCAGCCAGCAUCGUCCGCAUCCCAGCCAGACUGCAAUGUGGACAGCAGCUCAGUGAGUAGUGGCUACGGCACCUUCUGCAUCCUGGAGAUGAACACCCACCAGGCUAAGGAGCCCACCAAGCCCUUGGAUCCCGAGGCAGCUUCCCAGGGGCAGCACACAGCCUCUGCAGUGCAGGCACAGGCCCCCGCAGGAGGCACAGCAGCUAUAAACUUUUUCACACAGACUCCUGAAGAGCUUUGUGCAUCGCUAAAGGAAGACGUCUCCACUUUUCCUGGUGAAUUUGAACGAAACUUUCUUGGUGAAAGCAAGAUCUCUGAAGUUUACAGUGGAAAAGCAAAUAGUAGUAAGUCUGUAACAUCAUGGGCACAAAAGCUGAAGCAGAACCAGCCAAAGCAAGCACAUACAGAAGACGACUGCUCAAGACCUAAGCCAGGGAGCGAGCUAAACCGGAAGCCUCCAGUUGAAACAUCUGACCUUGCUGCCGAUGCUGCACAUCCGUGUACCCUUUACCUCAAUAAGCCCACCGAAAGCCCAAGUUCGUGGUUGUCUGAUUCAGGAACAGGGCUGACUUACUGGAAGCUGGAGGAGAAAGACAUGUAUCACUCUUUGCCUGAAACUUUGGAGAAGACAUUUGCACCAUCCCCUGUGGAGAGGCCCCUGAGCCAGGUCCUGACUCUUGAUCCAGCCAUACACAUGAAGCCAAAGGAGCAGGUUGCUGGGAUUCAUCCCCAUGGCUUUUUGAAUGCUCUUGAUGACAGAAUAUCCUUUUCCCCAGACUCUGUUCUGGAACCAAGCCUGUCUAGUCACUCUGACAUUGACUCGUUUUCACAAGCAAGUCAUAAUGCUUCUCAGGUAUCUGGGUUCCCCAAAUAUCCUUCAACUACGAAAGCAUCACCUGUGGACACUUGGAAAAACCAUGCAUUCCAAAGUGAAAGUAGGACCAGUUCCACGAUCCCUUCCCGCUACACGAUCACUAGCAACGAUAUCUCAGUCAAAACUGUAGACGAAGAAAACACUGUCACAGUGGCCUCAGUCAGUCAGUCCCAGCUUCCAGGUACAGCCAACAGUGUCCCAGAAUGCAUUUCAUUGGCUUCCCUGGAAGAUCCUGUGAUGUUGUCUAAAAUCAGGCAGAACCUCAAGGAAAAGCACUCGAGACAUGUAGCAGAUCUCCGAGCUUAUUAUGAGUCGGAGAUAAGUAGUCUGAAACAGAAACUGGAGGCCAAAGACAUGUCUGCUGCUGAGGAAUGGAAGAAGAAAAAUGAAAUACUUGCAGACAGAUGUGGCCAGCUGGAUAGUGCAUUGAAUGAAGCCACUAGUCGAGUGCGAACACUGGAGAAGAAGAACAGCUUGCUAGAAAUAGAAGUGAAUGACUUGAGAGAGCGCUUCAAUGCAGCCAGCAGUGCCUCCAAAGUUUUACAGGAACGGAUUGAAGAAAUGAGGACAAGCAAUAAAGAGAAGGAUAACACCAUCACUCGACUAAAGUGUCGGCUGCAGGAUCUGGAAGAAGCCUUUGAGAAUGCUUACAAGCUCUCAGAUGAUAAAGAAGCAAGGCUGAGACAAGAAAACAAAAUGUUUCAAGAUCUCUUAGGAGAGUAUGAAUCCCUCGGAAAAGAGCACGGGCGAGUAAAGGAUACAUUAAACACAACUGAGAACAAAUUGCUUGAUGCAUACACUCAGAUUUCUGACUUGAAAAGGAUGAUCUCAAAACUUGAAGCUCAGGUGAAGCAGGCAGAGCACGAGAGUAUGCUGAGUCUUCGCCAAGGCACUAAAGCUCCCACGAGGCCAUCCCGGGCCAACACACUAGCCACCUCGGAUGUCAGCAGGAGGAAGUGGCUGAUUCCAGGAGCAGAGUACUCCAUCUUUACUGGGCAGCCUCUGGACACCAGGGACAGGAAGACAGAUAAGCAGCUGGAGGAAACCGAUGUUCCCGGAUACCAUUCUCCUCCAGAAAAGGACUCUUCACUUGGAAGGUCUCCAGCAAGCGUACUGAUUCAGAAGAAGAGGGACGCUCCAGACACACCACCAAUCAUCAAGGCUUUAAAGGAACUUGAUGAAGAAAGAAUAUUUAAAAAUUGGGGGACACAGACAGAGAAGGAGGAUUCCUCAAGUAAAUUAGUGAAUCCUCGGCAAACUGAGCCUUCAGUCAAUACAGGUCGUUCUCCAGAGAAAUGUGCCCAGCAGAGACCAAAGAGACAGAGUUCGGCUUCACAAAGGUCGUCAUCUCUCCCACCCUCCAAUCGGAAAGCCAGCACUCCAACAAAAAGAGAGAUUAUGUUAACGCCAGUGACUGUGGCUUAUAGUCCUAAGCGGUCCCCUAAAGAAAACCUGUCCCCAGGAUUUAGUCAUCUCCUUAGCAAAAAUGAAAGCAGUCCAGUUCGAUUUGAUAUCCUUUUGGAUGAUUUAGAUACUGUUCCUGUGUCCACGUUACAACAAAGCAAUCCAAGGAAACAGCUCCAGUUUCUUCUGGAUGACUCGGAAGAAAAAAAGUAUUCUGAAAAAAACAGUGAUGACCCUGUUAAUCCUAGCUCUUGUCCUGAGCACUCACCAAAUGGAUUGAAGAGAGUGUCCCCGAGACAAGCCUGGGAGAAGAGUAAAUCAGUUAGCCUUGAGCAGUGGAAACCAGCAUCAGCAACACCACAGGAUAAUGAUUUUGAAUAUUCAGCAAAGAUUAGGACCCUUGCUGAAACGGAGCGAUUUUUUGAUGAACUUACAAAAGAAAAAGACCAGAUUGAGGCAGCACUAAGCCGAAUGCCUUCUCCUGGAGGAAGAAUCACUUUACAAACAAGACUAAAUCAGGAGGCCUUGGAAGAUCGUUUGGAAAAGAUCAAUCGUGAACUGGGUUCAGUUCGAAUGACGCUCAAGAAGUUUCAUGUUUUACGCAGCUCUGCAAAUCUUUGAGACUGGUAGCCAUUAAACUUGAGACAGUUUUGUUUGCACUAAUGUACAGUUAUGCACUCGGAAAAGGCAAGCUCUUUUCUACUGUUUGUAAGCCUUGAGACAGUAGUUUUACAAUCAUGCUAUUCUUACACCUGCUAUUUUAUACUUAAAAUGGCCACAUAUUUUCAAGAUAUUUUUGUUAUGCUCAGGAACCUCUUGUAUAUUUUACUAUUUAAAAAGCAUUAUUUUUAAAUAGCAUAUGUCUCCAAUUUCUAUCAACAAGAAGGAAAUGUAACUGGGGAGGCAGCUUGUUUCUAAAGAAAUAGUGUUAUCCUUUUACACUGAACUUUGCACACUGGUUUUAUAAACUUGUUCUACAUUGUAAAUACGAUUCAUUUUUAAAGUAAAUGCUUAGCAGCUUCCAUAAGGGUAGACUAACAUGCUAGAUAUUUAAAAUAUUAUAGUAUAGUUCAUAUUUAGCUUCUGUAGAAGUUUUGAAGAAAUGAUAACACAAUUCCUAUGUGAAACACAUGCCUUGAUGUGAACAGUAGAGUAACUGGGCCGGCAAGAAGACUCAGCAGGGAGAAGCGCUUGCCGCCAAGCCGGAACACCAGUUUGAGGUGCAGGACCCACAUGUUAGAAAGAGAGACAUGACUCCCCCAAGUUGUCUCUGACCUCUACGUACAUACUGUGGUGCGUUCACAUCCUUUCCCACCCCAGUAACUAAAUGGUAAAAAAAAUGAGUAGUCCUUGAGUGCUGGAGAGUUUAGAAACUACGUGAGUAUCACUUACUUCUCUAAAAUCCUUUUGUUUGUGAGGAAAGAAAAUGAUUAGAGGUGGGUAGUGGCAGGCAGGGCGCUGGAGUGUUCUGCCUGUCAUCCAUGCUUUACGUUGUGGCACACCUUGGACUGUUUCCAGGGUAGCUCCAGUUUCCAUUAAGCAUAAAGCUUUAGCUUCCAGAGUCAUCGUCGAAACAUUUUCACCCCCUUAACCUUACCUGACUCACUACCCCACCCUUGCCAAAGAGGAACAUACUUGUAUAGUAGCUGCUGUAAGAAGCGUUGGUCUGCGCUCAGAGCACUCUACUCUGCCUGAUAAUGGGCAGGGGUGUGUCCAGAUAGAGCUGGUGUGCUUCCCAGGGCCUUGCAGCAGACUGUAGCCCAUCACCUGGUAGCAUUCCCUAACUCUCUCUAAGAGCACUGUGUGGGCAGGAGAAGCUGUUCUGAUCUAGGAGCACCAAGUAUCCUGUCUGUGUUGGGACUGUUGGUGAUGUCUGGGCUGUUCACCCACUCACUUUCUGGUGACCAGUCCGAACCCAGCACCCACGUGUUGGUGCUCAGAAUCUGCCAACAGACUCAUCUGAGCUCUCACAGUUGAUUUCCAGGGCCAGGGCUCAGGCUCUUGAUUGUGGUUUGCCUCUGAGUUCUUUCUCCAUGAUGCGUACUUACAAUGAACCAAGGCUUCCUAGCAACUCCAUUGCAGCGAAUAUGUCUGAGCAGGAUUUCAGGUGGUUUUUGAGCAUUUUCUCACCAAAGCUUCACCUGGCAAUAGGCCUAUGCCCUGUUCAACUUGAGACUCUCAGGCAGGAGGGGACCCUUGGGAUAAUACCUAAUCUUUGAGUUCAUCUUCAGUAACCAGUGAAGACUUACUUCAUCAGGAUUUCUUACCAUUAGAAGCAAGUGCCUUUAUUCUUCAUUUUUCUUUCAGCCUUUUAAAAUUUAUGUUACAGUAAAAAAAAAAAAGGUUCACUUUAAGCAAGCUCCUGUAUAGCUUGUGACUAGAGCUUAUAAAGGGAUAGUCUAUUUUUUAAUAUGUCCUUCCAUGUGACAUGCAGAGCUAACAAGCUGAGAGUACUGUACACGCGGUGCUUGCCUCGUGUGUGAGGGCACGUGCCCUGGCACUGACAAACAAGACUGCCUGAAGAAGCUAACAGUGCUCUUGAGUGUAUCUCAUUGUUCCCUCCUUUCAUUGUGUAGUCAACUGCAUUCUUAAGAAGAAAUUGCCACUAGCUUUAUCUUGCCAAGGAGUUAUCUUCUUAGGUGCCUAUAAUUGGCUUAUUCCAAAAAAGGCAUUAAGUGCCAUCAAAACAUCUUCUGCGCUUCUCAGAAAGCAUAUGCUUUGGUUUUUGAAGUGUGUAAUAGAUUUAAACUAUCAAUUACUUAUUUGAAAAAGAAAUUUUAUUCUUUUCUUCUUCAUAGCUAUGAAGAAAAGACACCAAGGAAAAUUCUUGCAGCUGCCUCUCCCCUGAGUAAUGCAUAUCUUAUGAACACUCAACUAAAAAGCAACUCAGCCUAAAAGUGGGCAGGGUAGCAGUCUUAAAGAGCAUCUGUUACCCAAGAGAGGCAAACUGUUUCAGUGCUGGGAUGUACUGCAGCUAGUAUUAAGGAAAAAAAAAAAUCUCAGUGAGCCUGCAGCUUCUGGGAAGUGCCUUUUAACAUGUACAUAGAAAGUAAACUUUCCAGCUGUGGAGCUCUCCCCUCCCUUCUCACAGAGCCAGUCCACAGAAGCUAUAAGGGAUGGCUCCAGGCAAAGAAGCGUUAGCUAUAGCUAAAGCACUGCUGAUAGAGAAGGGAGGUUUGGAGCCAGGCAGACCCGGCCACACCCUGGCUCAGGCCUGCUUUCCUCAGUGUAAAGACCAAAGGAUAGGAGAUUCCUUUCAGUACAGAUAGGCCAGUGUGAAGUAAGUGCACCAGACGGCAUGACUCCGAUGAAUCAGUUACUGGGAUGUUGAGAUUGUGAUUUUCUAUUUAUUUAUUUUUGUGCACUGGUGUUUUGCCUGCAUAUAUUACCUGUAUGAGGGUGUCAGAUCCCCUGGAA